AUGGCAAAGCAGUAUGACGUUUUGCUCAAGUUGCUGCUUUUAGGAGAUUCCGGGGUUGGAAAGACCUGUUUGUUGUGCAGGUUCACGGACAAUGAAUGCCAUUCAUCGCAUAUCUCUACAAUUGGAGUGGAUUUCAAAAUGAAAACAUUAAAAAUAGAUGGCAUUAAAGUGCGAGUACAGAUCUGGGAUACUGCUGGCCAGGAACGGUACCAGACCAUCACCAAACAGUACUACAGACGGGCACAGGGUUUUAUCCUGGUGUAUGACAUCACUAGUUCCCGUUCCUUUCAGCACAUUGUGAAGUGGGCUAGCGAUGUGGAUGAGUUUGCCCUUGACAAGGUGCAGAGGAUCCUGGUGGGGAACAAGGCUGAUGAGGAGCAGAAGAGGAAAGUGCCUAAAGAACAAGGGAACAAGCUAGCAAAAACCUAUGGAAUGGAAUUCUUUGAGACAAGUGCCUGCACCAACUGCAACAUAAAUGAGUCGUUCACCCGGUUGACAGAGCUGGUCCUGCAUGCUCACAAGAAAGAGAUGGAUGCCUUCCAGGGUUCAAUUAAUAAAUACCUAGACAUGACUUAUCUGGAGGGAGAGCAGGACAAACAGGACAACUCCCAGAAGGCCUGCGCAUGUUAGCAUGAGGCAAAACUCUCAACCUGGGGGUGUUUGGCUAAAAUAUUUUGUUGUUUUUGCAAUACCUCUGGCCCUGUGACAUAAUGGCAUUGAAAUUAUGAGUAUUUAAAUGUGUGAGGACAGUUGAAGUCGGAAGUUUACGUACACCUUAGCCAAAUA